UUUUUUUUUUCCUUUGACCUACACUAAAAUGAAGAGGGCAGCUGUCGCCACUAGAUCGGUGGCCGAUGACACAGCAUGUUAUGCGACAUCCACUGCUGUUCACAACACCAUAAUGAACUUGGAAAAGAUGGCACCCAUCAACUUGAUGUUCAUAACACGACCCAUUGAUGAUAUGACCGUGACACGAAUCAAGCAACUAGAAUCAUUCUACGCAUGCUCCCGCUUCACUCGUUUCUUGUUGCGCAAAGGUGUGCAUCCCAUUGGAUUAUUUACUGUCUCCACGGCGGCUCUUGCUCUGGUAGUUCGACGCCUGUAUCGGAGAUCGUCUUAUCUUAUGAUCAACACACUAGGGGUUGCCUACCCUACUUGGCGGUGCCUCAAGCUCAUACGACAAGCAGAAGCAAAGUCACCGGAAGAGGCAAAUAUUGAUGAAUUAAAAUCGUGGUUGACAUAUUGGCUGCUGUAUGGGUCAUUACAAGUGUUGGAUAAUUGGGGAUCACUUCUAAAAGAUCUCAUGCCCUACUACAAUAUUUAUAAGAUUGCCAUCCUCUAUUGGGCUCAGAAUCCGCAAUCCAAAGGCGCCACAACCUUGUACAAUAUUCUACGACCCAUUGCAGCGCAACCACCUGUCGAAACCCAACCCUCUGAUACACUCCAGCCAUAUACCCUACCGAAAUCCAUGUCAAUUGAAACCAUCGUCAAACGAACUACGGAAACGAUCCCUACACCCUAUGAAAUCAAGCCAAACCCUAUAGCUCAUCUGGAUGAUGAGGAACUUACGUUGACCAUUUCCAGCGGUGGUCCUGGCUAUGGAUUGAUGAAUGGAUACACGCCAUCCUUGAGCAGUGAACGAGAGGACGAAUCGGAAGAAGACGACGAUCCAGAUGAAAUCUCGAAAAGUCGUCAUGCGUCAGUGUCCAGCGUUGCAGCCGCUUCUCCAAAAUAUAAUAUGCUCAUGCAAGUUGCAGAUGAUACAGCUGCUUGGUAAUUAUAGCAGCAAGACAAAGCAAGCAAUUGUUAAAUAUAUUCUCUUAUUAUUUCUUCGGAAUUUUUAUUUACGAGUCCCUCACUGGAUACUAGUCCAAAUUUUAAGCAAGCAAACCCCUCAUUACCAAAGCAAUAUAUGCCCUUCUUGUACUGUUAAUAAUAAUAUUGCCAUUAUUAUUGGG